GUGACUGAAGUAUUGUCAUGCCUAACAUUCCAAUUUGCCAAAGAUAAGGACGCGCAUUUGUACAUCCACGAUUGUGUUUAUGUAGGACCACACGAAUAUAUAAUGCCGCAGACAGAUAACAAUGCUCUAUGCAGUCGUCACGUCACUUGUUUUCGUCCAGAUAUUUUGGAUUGCUGAUGGAGAAAGCUCUGCAGAUCCAUGCCUAGCCGGAAACCACGAAAACAUCACGUCUAUUGGUUUCCGGCACGUGACCAACAAGGACUGCGCCUUGAACAGGGUCACUGAUUACCGGCUCGUCCGCGCCUGGUAUUACGCGGGAUCGGAUCCCAUUCUUACAUCACCGCCUGACCAUAUUUGUAGAUGUGGGGCAAACUUCCCUAUUUGAAUGAAUGGCUCUUUGCCAGACCCUCAAGAUGGUAUUGUCUCACGUGACACGUGUCUCAAGUAUUCAACAAACUGCGACACGCGCUUCGGCAUCCAAGUGAAGAACUGCGGAACAUUCUUCGUGUACAAACUGCCGCCAACUCGAGAGGACCACACGGCUUACUGCUUAGGAAUCGAUCCAAAUGCGCUUUCAACGACUGCACUUGAGUGUGGCGACCCGAUCAUCAAGAACAACCUAGAUUCGGUUGUUGUCCUUUGCGAAUUCAGAUCAAUAGAAUACAACUCCACUGGUGUCGAUUCCCACGCAACCGUGAAUUGUCUCAAAGGUUAUGGAAUUGUUGAUGGUACUGCUACAUACGAGUCCUUCCUACUGACUUGUACAUCCGGUCUCAAGUGGAAUUCAACCCGAACGUGCAAGAUUUUAACAGAUUGCGGGAACCCCAUUGACUCCAAAAACCUCGAUGGGAGCGUGAAGCUUGGACAUUUUCAUAACAUCACCUUCACAACUACUUCCGUAGAUUCUCACGCUACCGUGUACUGUAGCAAAGGGUACGUUGUUCAAGACGGCAAUAUAAAGCUAGAGUCAUUCCAACUCACGUGCAAAGAUCACAAAUGGCAUUCAACUCGCACCUGCAGCCCUUUUGAAACAGCGGAUAUAGUAGGAUAAAAAUUGACUUCCACG